UGUUUGUGUGCGAGGAGAGAGAGAGAGAGAGAGAGAGUUAAACGCUGCCAAAGCCGAUUACAGUGUAUCAGGUCUGUGAUUCUUUCAUUCUCUGUGCACUUGAGGGUUCUCCCCUCUCUGAACCACACGCUUUCUACUACUUAUUUAUUUAUUUAUUUUUUAGUUGUUUGGCUAUAGAGGCAAAGCAUGGAUUUAUUUUAGUGCGCUCGGACAUCUUCACUAUGAGUUCCUCUGCAGAAUCGCUUCCGACAGCGGAGCAACUUUUCCGUGCGCCACGGCGCCGCUGAGCCGCUCGUCUCUCGGCGGGGAAGUUUACACGCAACCCUUGGCCAACAUGGGCUCGCGGUGAACCCUCCGGCUUUCCCACUUCCUUCUCUCUUCAAAAACGUACAACAGGAUGCAGAAGAGCGUCCGCUACAACGAAGGACACGCGCUAUUUCUGUCGGCGGUCGCGCGUAAAGAGGGGACCAGGCGCGGCUACCUGAGCAAGAAGACGACGGAGAACAGCCGAUGGCACGAGAAGUUCUUCGCCCUCUACCAGAAUAUACUGUUCUACUUCGAGAACGAGCAAAGCGCGCGACCUUCUGGGAUUUACCUGUUGGAGGGAUGCACCUGCGAGCGCGCGCCGGCACCCAAGUUGUCCACCACUGGGAAGGAAGCGCUGGAGAAGCAGCACUACUUCCUUAUCGUGUUUGGUCACGAUGGACAGAAACCUCUGGAGCUGCGGACGGAGGAGGAGAGUGAGUGCGAUGAAUGGGUGGAGGCCAUCCAGCAGGCCAGUUACUCUGACAUCAUCAUCGAACGUGAGGUGCUGAUGCAGAAAUACAUCCACCUCGUGCAGAUUGUGGAGACGGAGAAGGUGGCCGCCAAUCAGCUGCGCACUCAGCUGGAAGAUCAGGACACUGAAAUAGAGAGGCUGAAAUCCGAGAUUGUAGCUCUGAACAAAACUAAGGAGCGAAUGCGGCCGUACCAUGUUUACCAUGAAAACGAAGACCCUGACAUCAAAAAGAUCAAAAAGGUGCAGAGUUUCAUGCGGGGCUGGCUCUGUCGGAGGAAGUGGAAGAUCAUUGUCCAGGACUACAUCUGCUCUCCUCACGCUGAGAGCAUGAGGAAGAGGAACCAGAUCGUCUUCAAUAUGGUGGAAGCAGAGACAGAGUACGUCCACCAGCUCUACAUCCUGGUCAACUUUUUCCUCAGACCUCUGAGGAUGGCCGCCAGCUCCAAGAAACCCCCCAUCAGCCACGACGAUGUGAGCAGCAUCUUCCUCAACAGUGAGACCAUCAUGUUCCUGCAUGAGAUUUUCCAUCAAGGCUUGAAGGCGAGGAUAGCCAACUGGCCAACUCUGGUGCUGGCUGACCUAUUUGACAUCCUGCUGCCGAUGCUAAACAUCUACCAGGAGUUUGUGCGUAACCACCAGUACAGCCUGCAGGUUUUGGCCAACUGUAAGCAGAACAGAGACUUUGACAAGCUGCUGAAGCAGUACGAGUCUAACGCCGCCUGUGAGGGAAGGAUGCUCGAGACCUUCCUCACGUACCCCAUGUUCCAGAUUCCCCGUUACAUCAUCACCUUGCAUGAACUAUUGGCCCACACGCCUCAUGAGCACGUGGAGCGCAAGAGUCUUGAAUUUGCCAAGUCCAAAUUAGAGGAACUGUCCAGAGUCAUGCAUGAUGAGGUGAGUGACACAGAAAACAUCCGGAAGAACCUGGCAAUAGAGAGGAUGAUUGUGGAGGGCUGUGACAUCCUGCUGGACACCAGCCAGACCUUCGUAAGGCAGGGCUCUCUGAUCCAGCUGCCAUCUGUGGAGCGAGGGAAACUAAGCAAGGUCCGCCUGGGGUCCCUCUCUCUGAAGAAGGAAGGGGAAAGGCAGUGCUUUCUCUUCACCAAACACUUCCUUGUCUGCACUCGCAGCUCUGGGGGCAAACUACACCUUCUCAAGCAAGGUGGAGUUUUGUCCCUAAUUGACUGCACACUUAUUGAGGAACCAGACGCCAAUGACGAGGAGUCCAAAGCUGGUGGUCAGGUGUUUGGUCAACUGGACUUUAAGCUGGUGGUGGAGCCAUCGGACUCGCCCUCGUUCACUGUGGUGUUACUGGCCCCGUCAAGGCAAGAGAAGGCUGCGUGGACCAGCGAUAUAAGCCAGUGCAUUGAUAACAUCCGCUGUAAUGGCUUGAUGACCAGUGUAUUUGAGGAGAACUCUAAAGUCACUGUGCCUCACAUGAUCAAAUCCGAUGUGCGUCUCCAUAAAGAUGAUGUUGACAUUUGCUUCAGCAAGACGCUCAACUCCUGCAAGGUCCCCCAGAUCCGUUACGCCAGCGUGGAGCGGCUGCUGGAGAGGCUGACCGACCUGCGCUUCCUCUCCAUCGACUUCCUCAACACCUUCCUGCACACAUACAGGAUCUUCACCAUGGCAACGGUGGUCAUGGACAAACUGGCUGACAUCUACAAGAAGCCCUUCUCUUCCAUACCGAUCAGGCCGCAGUACCACUCAUUUGACCGUCUGUCCAUCUCAUCUCUUUGUCCUGACUACAGUCUGAAGAUCAAGAAGAUAGCCAUGGAUCAGUCCAAGUCCUUGGAGUUGUUUUUUGCCACCAAUCAAAAUAAUAGAGGUGGCGAGCACAUAAAUGACAGAUCUCCUCGUCUCUGCCGCAAGUUCUCCUCCCCUCCUCCCCUCUCCAUCCAGUCGCGCACCUCCUCCCCUGUCCGAACACGAAAGCUCUCCCUCCACUCCCCGAUCACUGCCAGGGUCGGGGGCCUCGACCUGACCAGCCCCCUGUCCGGCGGCUCCCCCAUCAGCUACAACACGUCCCAGUCUGCGGCCAGUAGCCCCACGUCCGCCCACACCCCACAGACUCCGACGCCCCAGACCCCAACCCCGACUACAUCGUCCCCGCCUCCCUCCUCCACCUCUCCACCGCCCAACAACUCCAAGUCACCGCAGGACCAAGCUCCUCCCAUACCCACGUCCCCCGACCAGAGUCCCUGCUCAUCUGCGGAGGGAGAGGAGGUGCCCAGGAUUGACCCCUUCUGUGGUAAACUGCGGCGGAGCAUUCGCAGAGCUGUGCUGGAAUCGGUCUCACUGGAGAAAAUCAUUCCGGAGUCUCCACAGGGCAGUGAGGCAGGAGACAUGUCUCCGUGUCGCUCUCCUUCUACACCUCGGCACCUCCGCUACAGGCAGCCUGGAGUCCAGUCAGGGGAGAACUCACGCUGCUCAGUCUCUCCUGCCUCGGCCUUCGCUAUCGCCACAGCCGCAGCCGGACACGGUUCACCACCAGUGUUUACGAACUCUGAAAGAACCUGUGAUAAAGAGUUCAUCAUCCGCCGAGCUGCAACUAACCGAGUUCUCAACGUGCUGCGCCACUGGGUCUCAAAACACUCACAGGACUUUGAGAUGAACGGGGAGCUGAAGAUGUCGGUGAUCUGCUUGCUGGAGGAGGUGCUCCGAGAUCCAGACCUUCUCCCCCAGGAGAGAAAAGCCACUGCCAACAUACUGAGCGCCCUUUCUCAAGACGAACAGGAAGACGCCCAACUGAGAAUAGAGGACAUUUUACAGAUGGCUGACUGCCCGAAGGCUGAGUGCUUUGAGUCUCUGUCUGCGAUGGAGCUGGCUGAGCAGAUCACUCUGCUGGAUCAUAUCGUCUUCAGGAGCAUUCCCUACGAAGAGUUUCUGGGCCAGGGCUGGAUGAAGGUUGAUAAGACAGAGAGGACGCCCUACAUCAUGAAAACUAGUCAACACUUCAAUGAUAUGAGCAACCUGGUGGCGUCACAGAUCAUGACCCACACCGACGUGGGCUCGAGGGCCAACUCCAUUGAGAAGUGGGUUGCUGUGGCGGACAUCUGUCGCUGUCUGAACAACUACAACGGCGUACUGGAGAUCACGUCGGCGCUCAAUCGCAGUGCAAUCUACCGCCUGAAGAAGACCUGGGCUAAAAUCAGCAAACAGACUAAAGCCCUGAUGGACAAACUACAGAAGACUGUGUCCUCCGAGGGAAGGUUUAAAAACCUGCGGGAAACACUAAAAAACUGCAACCCUCCAUGUGUUCCAUACCUGGGAAUGUACCUGACGGACUUGGCCUUUAUUGAGGAGGGAACGCCAAAUUUUACAGAGGAGGGUCUCGUUAACUUCUCCAAAAUGAGGAUGAUUUCCCACAUCAUACGAGAGAUCCGACAGUUCCAGCAGACGCCGUACAGAAUAGAGCAUCAGCCGAAGGUGACCCAGUACCUGAUGGACAAGACUCUGAUCAUGGAUGAGGACACGCUCUAUGAUCUCUCACUGAAGAUUGAGCCUAGGCUGCCUGCAUGAGUUACAGCUGUUUGUGGCCCGUGGGAGCCUGCCACACCUGGACCCCACCCCCACCCCCCCCUCAAGGGCAGUGCGCCUACAUAAUCUCAUCAAUCCAGAGGGAAAAAAUUGGGAGAGAGGUUUUGAGAGAGCGAAAUGGAAGCACGUACUGACUGAAGUGAGAUUACAGCUGAACAAGCUUGAGAGUUUUGCCAGAGGUUGAGGGAGCGUGUGGAGUGUGAGGAGGAUUGGUUGUCUUCAAGGGGAGCAAGAGGAAAAACACGUUGGCUGCAUUGCAUGAGGGUUUUGAGCAAAUGACGCGCCGGUGCUCGUCGUUCCUCAGUCUGGAGUGCGGUGCAUGUGGCACUGCACUUCCUCAGACAGCCUGAGAGUGCAGGAAAGGGUGGGAGCAUGGAUAUAACAGAGAUGUAGCAUAUACAGAUAGUAUGACAGAGUGACGCCUCAGCUCGUGUCUCUGUGCCGUUGUCUGUGUUCUGUUGCCUGUGCAUUUACGUGCCAAGAGCCCCCAAACGCUUUCUGUCACGAUGGUCACCGCAGAAAAAAACUUGCAUGAUUUCAACUUGGGAUGUAACUGCCUAAAUGGCCUUCAACCUGAGCCCUGGCCCUAAGCUUAGCACGCUUCACUCUUACCAGGGUGACCCUCUGCUAAGCCACUAUGCAUCCUCAGCGGGCUGGGUACUGCAAAACGCCUUUAAGCCUUCAAAUAAAACGUGUAACACAAAAUUUGGAAUAUUUUGUUGAAUUCAGAUUUUUCCUACGAUAAAUCAGUCUAAUGUCAGUCUUCGGCUAAAGACGUCCCAAUGUCCAUAUGAAUGAUACAAAGUAUAACAUUUUAUCGGUGCCUUCCACUAGCGUAGGUCAAUUCUCCCAAUUUGCAAGUUUUCUAUAAAUCUCGCUUAUAAAUAUUAAUUAAUUUCCUUUAAGGAAUGGACCAUAGUUCUCUCUUGUUCAACUUCUUUUUCAGAAAAUAGGUCACGUGGACUAAAGUGUAGCAUGUUAGUGUAAACACAGUAAAGUCAUUGCAGCAUUUGAUCGUCAGCAAAUAUCUCCCUCUACUGUUUAAACAUUGUUAUAACCUCUAACCCAAAGCUUUUGCAGCCUUUGUGUGCAGUUUGGUUAUUUAUUUCAAUUAUUUUCUAUUUUUUUGGCUUGUGCAAACUGUCAUCUGUACUAAUGUGUGCAUUCAGGUUUCUGCGUGUACGUGGAACCUGGCUACAGUUUAGACCGGGACAGUUUUUUCACACUUUGAGAUGUAGCUUUGCUUGAUUGACAGUUUAAUAUUUAGUCACCACUCUUUAUUUCAUCAGAUACUGUAUUUAUGUUAUUUUUGUACAUAGUAAAUUAACACAUAUCAUAGGAUUGAUAAAGAAAAUACUCUUGGAUUGCUGUGAAUGUGGAUUUUAUUGGAUUUUUUUUCCUUUUUCAUCUCUCUAGCGUUCAUGUUGAAUUCUAGUUUUGCAUCCCAGUCUCUUGUAUAGAAAAAAUAAAUAAAUAAAGAUGCCUUCCGAUGGUUAAAAAAAUGUAGCAUUUAAAUGAUCGGACUUUGUUUUGCGUGUCACUGAUAUCAUGAAUAUAGUUGUCCUGCAUGCACACAACAGUUGCAUGUUGUGCAUGUCUGACCAGACGCUCCCCGUACCUUCUUCCUCUUCUUCUCUAUAUUUAUAUUGUCUCUAUUGCUGUCAGGAAAAAUGGAAUAAAAACAACGUUUUGUCAGUCCAUUCUGGCAUGUUUGUCUCUUAGUGUACCUUGCGAAGUCAAGUAAAGCUAUGUCAGAACAGCCUGUCGUCAUGCAGUGUUGGAGCUUUCCUCACAAAACAAGCCCUUUUGCCCAGAUCCAUUGGGGGAAGUGUUUUCAGACCUUUUGUGAAAACUUGUCCUUCGCACUUCGUCUGUUUUACACACAGGUUUGGGAGUUUAGGAUGCUAUGUUUGUAUUGUAAUAUAAUUUAUUUUUUGUGUGUAUUUGUUUGUGUUUUUAUUUAUUUGUUUGCAUUUUUCACUUGUUGGUGCAGGGGAAAUAAAUUCAACAUGCCUUA